AUGCGGGAGGUGCACCAGAACAGCGCCUGCCGCCCCUUCUUCUUCAUGUGGCGCGACAUGAUGCAGCUGGCGGGGGAGGGCCACGACCCCGAGCAGCUGCUCGGCGUCAGCCACGCCGUCUGGCUGAGCAGGCGCUACCAGUGCCUGGUGCAGCGCUUCAUGGUGCUGCAGCUCGAGGAGGCCGGUGCCGCGGCGCCCCAGGGCGGGGCGCUAGGGGAGGCCGCCUGGGCGGCCACACUGUCGGCGGUGGAGGCGCGCUCCUGGCGGCCGGUACUCCCUGGGGUGUGUGAGGGCUGCGGGGAGGUCUGCUUCCCCUCGUCGUACUCAAUCAGCAAGUUCCUUGGCGCACCAACGCCUGAUGCGCGCAUCAUGGACUUCUACUACAAGUACUGCGGCGACACCGAAAUCCCUGGCCCGGGGGAGGACCCCUGGUGGCAGUACAUUGCCGCUGAGGUGGACGUGCGGCAGUACAGCCGCGGCUGUCAUGAAGCCCUAGCCGAGCGGCUGCUGCGACCCACACCCGCCUCCUCGCCCCUGACGGCUGACAAGGCCAGCAAAGGCUCCCGGGGCAUGUCGUGGCUCGUCCACACCGCUGAGGCUGCGCUGCGCGAGGACGCGGCUGCUGCCGGCGGCCUCAGCGAGUGGGAGCGGCUGAUGUUGCAGUCAUUCUUAUCGUUCGCCACCUGCUUUCAGUGUGUCACCCUGGACGAGUGCUUCAUGUCUUUUGAUGCCGCGUACGGGGCCGUCACCGCCGCUGCCGCACGCGGGCUCAAACCCGACGAGGCGCGAGCUGCGGGCUUUAGCGCAUGCAUGACCAUCCUGGACAUGGCAGCUGCCAACCUUGCAGUCCGCCAUAAAUCGGGGCGCUCGGAUCUCUUGCUGCAGCACGGGCCGCUGUCGAGCAGUGUGCAAUUCGAGCAACUGUACAAAUCUAUGUUGGAUCCUGGCAAGGGCGGCGAGCUGUACAACAUCUUGGCCCUCCUCAGGCGUCCACCCAGCGCGCCCGUAACCGACGCCGACCCCAUCCGCCGCGCCGGCCUCCUGCCGCGCCUGCGGGCGACCGCGUCUUCGGCUUGGAUUGCAAAGCUCAGCGACGAUGGCGACUCUCAUGGGCUCACGCACCUUGCCUUGGCGCUUGGUGGCGGCACUGCUGCCGCCGCAGGUGAGGGCGGGGCCAGCGAAGGGGGCAGGCGCCCUUUGCCGCCGCCUUCAGAUCGGCGGCUGCUUUCAGAGGCCAUGUCGCAGCUGUGCGAACUGUCGGACGGGCUUGACGGCGCGCUUGAGUGCCUGUGCAUGCUGCCAGGGCCGCUGCCGCCAGCGGCCGUAGCGGCGGUGCUUCGUCGCGCGUGGCAGGAAGAGGACGCACCCAGCGUGUGGAGUGCCUGCAAAUCGGUCAAUGCCUGGAGAAAUGCGGCGGCCUCUGCCCAGGCGGCGGCCACCCUGGACGAGCUUUUCCUGAAGUGGGUUGAGCAGCAGGAGCAGCAGCAGAAUCAGCAACACUACCACCACCAGCAGCAGCAGGAGCAGCAGCAGCAGCAGCAGCGGUGGCGGUGUGGCUACAUUAGCAUGGUCAAGGGCCUUGCAGCAUCGUAUGCAUUGCUUCGCGCUGCACCGAGUCAAGCCGUGGCUGGGGUGCUGUUGCGUUUGCCAGUGUCAGGGCUGCAGCUGGCCUUGGCGCUGCGUCAGGUGUGCGGCGACCGCACCGCCGCCGGGCCCGUGGCGGAGUCGCUGAUUGGCGCGGCCUGCGCUGCAGACAGGCUCGCGGUGGCCAUGCUGCUGCUGCGGGUGGCAUGGAGCAAUGGCACGCUCGGGCCCACAACCUGCGGCCGCGCUGUGGGCGCCCUGGCUUGCCGCGCGGCGAUGCUGCCGGACGCCCAGGUGCGGGCGCGCUUUGCCCUCGGCUUGCUGCAGCUGGCGCGGGACGGCACGCUGCCCCCCGGCUUUACAGGUCGCGCGAGCGCCGUGGCGGAGGAGCGCCUGCAGCGCAGGCGCCUGCUGCCGGGCGCGCCGGUGGCGCUUCCUCAUGCAGCAGCGGCUGAGCUGCUGCGGCUGGUGGCGGAGGACAAUUCGACCGCUGCCGCCGAUGUGGUGGCUGCAUUUGAGUUUGUCACCAGCACCCCAGGCGGCGGCCUGUCCCUCAGCGCAAUAGGGACCGCCAGCUUGAGCGCCGUGGUGGCGGCAUUCGCGGCUCAAGGCAAGCACGAAGCUGCAUGGCAGCUGGUGCAGCAGGCCGGCGGCAGCAGCAGCACAGGAGCGGCAGCAGGGGAUGGCGCAAGCUCCAGCCUGCUGGCCCAGCUUGUUGCGGUGUGGGAGUCGCUGCCCACACAUUGCUUGCCCGCCCCAGUGCUGCGCGCUGCGGCUGACGCGGUGGCGACGGCGGGCUCGGCCCCGCUGGCAGGGCGCUUGCUGGGCCUGCUGGCUGCGGCGGAGGGCUCCAGCUUGGCAGCAGCAGCACUCAGCUUGAGCGAUGCGGCCCUGAUGGCGCACCUGCUCACGCAGCUAGAUGCAGGCGCCAGGUCAGCGGCGGCACUGGGGGCGGCUGCAGACUUGGCAGAGGCGAUUGUCGAGGCGGACCGGCAGCUGCCACAGGGUACGUGGGCGCGAGUCCUCGCGCUUUGCAGUGGCGGCUCCGCAGCCGGCGCACGGCUGGCGCUUCUUGCUCAUGAUCAGCUGCUUUCAGAGGCGGCCGCCGCAAUUGAAGCAGCAGAGCGCAGCAGUGGCAGCAAUGAGAGUGGUGCGGCGGCGGGCCAGCCGCUCGCCGACGCGCUACUGGCUGCACUCGCGUCGCCACUGGUGUCAGGAGAGUCCGGGUGUGCCGACGGCGCCUCCGCAGCGGCGGCUGCGGCGGCGGCAGAGGCGGAGCCGCAAGAACAGCAGCAGCUGACGGCAGGCUGGGCGGCAGCGGCGCAGCGCGCAGACAACUUGAGGGCGCAGCUUGCUGCACUCUGCGCCGAGGCAGCCGAGGGGUCGCCGGGGCAUUGGCUGCGGUUUCCUUCAGGCUGCGGGCGGCAGGACGAGGCGGCGGCGAGGCGGCUGGCAGUGCUGCUGUGCGCGUCAUCAGGGCUGGCGGGGGCGGCGGUUCAAAUGUACCAGGAGUUCCGGCAGGCGGGCGGUCAGCCUGAGCUGGAGGGGGGCCUGCUGGAGGCGGCGCUGGCGGCGGCGCAUGAUGCGGGGCCAGAGCUGGCGACAGGGUCUGCCGCUCCUACGGCUAUCCUGCGCACCGCCCAGUCGCUCUGCCCACCCGGCACCACCUGGGUGCCCGGCGCCCCCAUCGCAUGGCGCGCAUUCUUUGCCACACUCACCAGCAGCGAAGCCAACAGCGCCAACGGCGGCGAGCGCGAGGCGGCCGCGGCGGCAGUGGGGGCGGUGGAGGCACUGCUGCUUGACAGCGACGCCCUGUGGUCAGCGGGUGGCCAGGUGGCCGCCCUGCCUUCAGAGGCGGUCGCAGAGGGCCUGCGCGCGCUCGUGCCGUGGGCGCCCAGCGCGCCAGUGGGCGCCGCGGCCGCAGCGCGGCGGCUGCUGACCACGUGCAUUGCCACCCUGCGGCCUGGUCUGCCUGCGGCUGAUGCCGGCAUCUACUUGGCAGCUGCCGCCGUGCUGGCCGCGACUGGUGACGCGGCGGGAGCUGUCAAGCUGCUAGCGCCGCUCAUCUCUGGUACGAAUGAGCAGGCGUUUGCAGCUGCAUGCGGCAGCAGUUGCGACUCUUCCAUCGCUCAGCAGCAGCAGCAGCAGCAGCAGCAGCAGCAGGUUGCCGCUGAGUUGCUGCGCCUGCUGCCCCCAGGCCGCCGCGCUGCGGCCGCGGCGCCGGUCCUGCGCCUGCUGGCUGCGGGGGGCGUGGGUGCGGUGACGUCACCUGCCCUGGUGGAGGCGCUGACUGGGGAGGACCUGGAUGCUGCAGCCGAGGCUGACCUGGCAGAGGCGUUUGGGGGCGUCUUCGUGGAGGCAUUGAUGGUGGCCGCGUUUGAGGGCCUGCCCGCGCUGGGCGGUGGCGACAAUGGCUCUGCGCAGGACGGUGAUGCGGCGGCCAGCCUGGCGCUGCGGGCUGGCCCAGGGGCGGCGGGCGGAGACGAGGGCAGCAGCCGCGAUGCGGCUCUGCGCGACUUGCUGCGUGUCAUUGAUUAA